AUGUCAUUGCUCUUUAUUCUCCCUUUCUUUAUGGCUGUUCAUAAUUUUUCGUGUUUUCCUACGUUCUCUCGUUUCCUAAAUUGCAACCUUCUUCUCUUUUUCUUGUUUCUUUAUCAUCAUCUCUUUCCUCUUCCCCUUCUCUUUCACUCUCUUUCUUUUCCUUUUUUUCCUUUUCCUUCUUCAUUUUUUAAAAUCUUUUUUAUUUCUUUAUCUUCUCUCUUUCCUUAUUCCGCUCCUUUUCUUCAUUUUUGUUUUCUUCCAUUCCCCCUUUAUUUAUGCUUAUUUCUAUCCUUUUUCAUCAUCUUUUUCAUUAAAUCUCUUGUUUCUCUUUUCUUUUGUUCUGUUUUUUUCUUUUCUUACCCAUCUCAAUUUUCCCUCUUUUCUUCCUUCUCUUUCAUCUCCUUUCAUUUUCCUUCUCGUCUUUCUACCCGUCUUCUUCAUCAUCAUCUUUCGACCUCUUCUUUAUUUCGUUAUCGUCUUUCUCUUUCCUUAUUCCCCUCCUUUUUUUUUCUUUUCUUCGCUCUUUCUUAUUCGUUUCACCUUCCCUCCUUCAUUAUGCUUAACUUCCAUUCCCCAUUGAAUUCCUUCUAA